AGCGCCGCGUAUUAUUCAGAUUCAGACACGCUUAGAGAAGAAAAGAAAAUAGAGAGAACAAUCUGGAACAAAAACCAACAAUACAAUCGCUCACUGCAACUUUAAUCAGUGGCAGCAACAAAACCACGUUGUGUGAAUAAUAAUAACGUGUCAUGGCGCACAAUAGCAGCAACAGCACCGCGGCCGUGGAUGGCGGUCGAGUCAACAGCCCACGUUACCUCGGCUCAAUGACUCGCCGAGCCCAUUCGUUCAAACGCAAGAACAACAACCAUGAAAUUGAGCUUCAAAUCAACUCGCCCAGAUCCCCCUUGGCUCCUGCUGAAGGGUCUGUUUUGAAAAGGAAUAAUAUUCACCAUCAUCAUGUGAGCCACAAGGAGAAAAGGAACAAGUUUGGGCACUGGGUGUUUUUUCUCUUCUGUGGGGUGUGCUUUUUUGUGGGUCUUCUCAAGAUUUGUGCCACUGCCUGGUGGUUCCGAUCUUCAGUACACAGUACACGUGAAUCCGUUCAGGAACUGUCUGACUCCAUUAAUAAUCGAAAUCUAAUGGAUCAAAGCUCCCAUGGUUAUGCACAUAGGGAGGGAGCAAAUGAGGCUGAAAGAACUCUAAAGAUUGUAACUGCGGGAAUGAUUGACAGUCACAGUGACAUGGCUGAAGAAUCAGGAAUCUGGUCUAAUCCCAACUAUGAGAAUUUCACCCAGUGUAUAGACCUGUCAAGAAAUCAUAAAAAGCUUGAUGCGAAGACCAAUGGCUACAUUCUUGUUAAUGCUAAUGGUGGCCUGAAUCAAAUGAGAUUUGGGAUAUGUGAUAUGGUUGCUGUUGCUAAGAUUAUGAAGGCAACGCUUGUUCUUCCUUCUCUUGAUCACACUUCGUACUGGGGUGAUGCAAGUGGCUUCAAGGAUUUGUUUGACUGGAAACAUUUUAUCGAGACACUGAAGGAUGAUGUCCAAGUAGUUGAGACAUUACCACCUGCAUAUGCUGAAAUUGAACCUUUCUCCAAAACUCCUAUAUCUUGGUCUAAGGCCAGUUAUUACAAGAAUGAGGUUCUUCCUGUACUAAAGCAGCACAAAGUGAUCUAUUUCACCCAUUCUGAUUCCAGGCUUGCUAAUAAUGGAAUACCAAGCUCAAUACAAAAACUAAGAUGUCGUGUAAAUUAUAGAGCACUGAAAUAUUCCUCUCCAAUUGAAGAAUUUGGAAACAAAUUAAUAUCCAGAAUGCGACAGAAUGACAGUCCUUAUCUUGCGCUUCAUUUGAGGUAUGAGAAGGAUAUGCUUGCAUUUACAGGCUGCAGUCACAAUUUGACUGCAGAGGAAGAUGAAGAACUACGGCAGAUGCGAUACGAAGUUGGUCACUGGAAGGAGAAGGAGAUUAAUGGGACUGAGAGGAGAUUGGCAGGGGGUUGUCCAUUAACUCCCAGGGAAACUUCCCUAUUGCUCAGAGCACUAGGUUUUCCAUCACAAACCAGGAUUUAUUUGGUAGCCGGCGAAUCGUAUGGUAGAGGAAGUAUGAAAUACCUUGAGGAUGAUUUCCCCAACAUUUUCUCUCAUUCCUCUCUGUCUUCCAAAGAAGAGUUGAAUCCUUAUAAGAAUCACCAGAACAUGUUAGCUGGUAUAGACUAUAUUGUUGCACUUCAGAGUGAUAUAUUUCUCUAUACUUAUGAUGGGAAUAUGGCAAAAGCAGUACAAGGUCAUAGGCGCUUUGAAAACUUCAAGAAGACCAUCAAUCCAGACAAGGCAAAUUUUGUUAAACUCGUUGAUAAGUUGGAUGAAGGAAAAAUUUCUUGGGAGAAGUUCAGGUCCAAGGUAAAAAUACUUCACAAAGACCGAAUGGGUGCUCCAUAUGUUAGGGAACGUGGAGAAUUUCCUAAGCUGGAGGAAAGUUUUUAUGCAAAUCCUAUGCCAGGAUGUAUAUGUGAAACAAAAACAAGAUUAGAGACCUCACAGUAGGUUGUCUUUCAUAUGAUGCCAUGAUGAGAGUUCCUUGUACAGAGCAUUGUGGCCGUCCAAUAGGUUAUUUUCAGUACUUCUGUGUUGAGAAAGCAGAAUGUGAUUGUUCAAAAGCUUGGUUAUAUCACAAGUGCUAUGUAUUGGGGCAGGCUGCAUGUUUUUUCAAUACUUGAGUGUUUGAGAAGGUGUACAUGCUUAUAUGGGACCAAGAAAAAGGAGUAAAAGCUGCUA